AAGAGACUUUUAGAAAAGCCCAAUUGGAAUUUGUUUUCAGGUCCGUCAUCUUGUUUCUUUCUCGCUCUGCGCGGAACGGAAAUCAACGGAGCAACAACGUUCGAAAUCGAGACCCUCAACCUACGUCUGUCUCCGGACUCCGACCUCCUGUCUGCGUUUGAUUCAUAAUAUUCCAAGGGUUCAAACCGAGAUUUUUACGGCUCGCCCUGAAUGGGCCAAUCAGCUUCGUCGGCUGCGAUUCUUAGCCGCCGCGACAGCAAUUAUAGCCAUCGUUCUAAGAUCAAAUCAACGGCUCUGAUCUCCCCGAUGCACCUGGAUGAAACCGAUGACUUUCGGGAAAUCAUUCUUGGAGCCUCCGAUUUCAUUUCUGAUCUUCCGGAUGAGUGCUUGGCUUGUAUUUUCCAAUCCCUGAGCCCCGUCGACCGUAAGAACUGCUCUCUCGUGUGUCGCCGCUGGCUCAAAGUGGAGGGACAGAGCCGUCACCGUCUCUCCAUUAAAGCUGAAGCGGAUCUUUCCUCCAUCAUACCUUCCCUCUUUACCCGAUUCGAUGCCGUUACUAAACUUGCUUUGAAGUGUGACCGUAGAUCUACCAGCAUCGGAGAUGAAGCUCUUAUUCUCAUCUCCUUUCGAUGCCGUAAUUUGACUCGUCUCAAGCUUCGUGCGUGCCGUGAACUGACCGAUGUUGGCAUGGCUGCUUUUGCCAAGAACUGCAAGGGUUUGAAAAAACUUUCCUGUGGAUCUUGCACAUUUGGAGCCAAAGGAAUGAACGCCGUUCUUGAUAAUUGUUCUGCCCUCGAAGAAUUAUCGGUGAAGAGACUUCGUGGUAUCACUGAUUCGACUGCUGAGCCGAUUGGGCCUGGCGUAGCUGGGUCAUCUCUCAAAACCAUUUGCCUAAAAGAUCUUUACAAUGCACAGUGUUUUGGACCGCUUGUAAUCGGUGCAAAAAAUAUGAGAACUUUGAAGCUCUUCCGAUGUUCAGGCGAUUGGGAUACGUUGCUCAGAUAUGUAGCAGAACGAGUGACUGGUCUUGUUGAAGUCCAUCUAGAAAGACUUCAGGUAAGUGAUGCAGGCCUUUCAGCAAUCUCGAAUUGCUUGGAUCUGGAAAUUCUGCACCUCGUUAAGACCCCGGAGUGUACCAACCUGGGCAUUGUGGCGGUAGCAGAACGAUGUAAGCUCUUGAGGAAGCUACACAUUGAUGGAUGGAAGGCGAAUAGGAUUGGAGACGAGGGUUUAAUAUCGGUUGCCAGAAAUUGCUCUAACCUUCAAGAAUUGGUUCUCAUUGGGGUGAAUCCCACAAAGGUAAGCCUGGAAAUAUUGGCCUCGAAUUGCCGAAAUUUAGAGCGAUUGGCACUGUGCGGAAGCGAUACUGUUGGUGAUAACGAAAUCUCAUGCAUUGCCGCAAAAUGCAUAGCACUGAAAAAGCUCUGCAUUAAGAGUUGUCCUGUUUCGGAUCAAGGUAUGGAAGCGCUUGCUGAAGGGUGCCCAAAUUUAGUGAAAGUGAAGGUUAAGAAAUGUCGGGGAGUAACUCCCGAGGGUGCAGAUUCGUUGAGGUUGAGUAGAGGAUCGCUUGCCGUGAACUUAGACAGUGGUGAACCUGAACAUCCAGAUGCAAGUGCAAGUGAUGGCGGGAUACAGGAUAAUGUUGUUGAUUUUCAUCCGAUUCCAAGUCAAGUUGCGCCGCCUAUGAUUGCAUCCAGUAGUGCUGGGCGAUCUUCGUCUCUUAAGUCAAGGUUAGGCCUUUUGGCGGGGAGGGGUUUAGUUGCUUGUACACUGAGAAGGUGGUCAGGUGGUAAUAGUAGUACUCGAAUUAAUACUUAGACAUCAGGAACGAUGCAAGUUUCAAAGCGUAAACGCUUCUCGUCUUGUUCUUUUGCAUUGUUUUGUGUUUGUGUUGCCUUGAUUCCGUGUUUAGUGUAUUUAAGUUCAUGCUGUGUGCUCUCUUAUUUCUCUUCUUGGAAUUAAAUAUUCACGCUCCCCGCUUUCUUCUCA